UGGCUACAGAGAUGUACGAACUUCCGGUUUCUCAGCCGCAGCCGCCCCUGCAACUGCAAUCGUCUCUGCCACCUGCCGCGACCGGGUCUCUUCCCGGUAGUUGGUCAGUUCUUCCUCCUCGAUCCCCAUCGUGCCCAUGGUCCCUCCUGAAGCCAGGACGGCGGGCCCGGCGGCUCCGGCGUGGUGAGAGGCUGGCCCGGGGACGAUGAAGGCCCUGCACUGCAGCUGCUGCCCCCGUCGCCUUCUGGCCUCCGCCCUCCUGCUGUUGCUACUCCUACCAGGGCUAAGAGGGCCCUUGGCGGUACUGCUGCAGGCGGCAGAGGCCACUGCGGACUCCGGCCCUCGCGACCGUGGACCGCGGACUCUGUCCCCCCUACCGCCUGGCCCCACUGCCGCCCACUCCCCGGGCCACGCACGGGCAGAGGCCGCGGCGCAGCGGAGCCCGGAGGGUGUCAAUGGCAGCAGCCCCAGGGCGGCGCCUGCAGCGGAUGACCUAGCAGGGAAGGCGGGGGAAGAAGGCUCGGUGGGUGGCGCCGCUCUGACCCCCCACCCCACCGAGGAGCCCAUGACCCAGCGGGCCCUGACCGUGUUGAUGGUGGUGAGCGGCGUGGUGCUGGUGUACUUCGUCGUCAGGACUGUCAGGAUGCGAAGAAGAAACCGAAAGACUAGGAGAUACGGCGUUCUGGACACUAACAUAGAAAACAUGGAACUGACACCUUUAGAACAAGACGAUGAGGAUGACGAUAACACACUGUUUGAUGCUAAUCAUCCUCGAAGAUAAGACUGUGCCUUUUGCGAAGAUUUCAUCUUUCUACAAUGAAGAGCAGAAUUUUUGUGUUUAAGGAAUAAGAAGCCACUUUAUCAUUGGGGGGGGUAUUUAAGUCACAUAUAUUAUGACAGCUCUUAAUUUGUUAUUGCCAUAAAUACUAUAUUGUUUUACUAUGUUUUUGUAUAUAUAUACAUAUAUAUAUAUAUAGAAGUGCUCUUAAUGGGCUUAGAGUUAUUUGGAGUAAACUGUACUAUAAUGGACAUCUGUUUGAAAGGUACUUUAAAGCAGGGUGUUCUCUGAUCAGUUUUUGUUUCCCACUUACUAUAUUAUUGGAAACUGUUUUAUAUACUAAUGACUUUGUUUGUUUGAUUUUGCGGGUUAAUUAUUUUUUUCCUGGAACUAUAAAUUCCAACAACUAACUGCUGUAUAAAAAAAUUAAAAAUUUCUUUAUCAAGAUGUAUUUCCCAUUAUUGUGAGGGAAAAAAGCCAAAUUUAUUACUUUGCCUUUGGGUCUUUUAAAUAUUGAUAAAUGUGUGAGUUGUAUAUGGAAAACAAUAAAUAUGAUUUAAAAUUA